GGUAUCCUGGCUGAGGUUCAACAAUUAUACGAUCGAGUUCGAUUUUGUUUGUUGAAUUGGGCCGGCUGGAGCAAGGAGGCUGGAUGCGUGCGCACUACGAUCUCGAGCGGUUUGACAGCGAGCGCGGCAGUCGACAUGAGGCGCGCGCGGAGUGUCACGGGGCCUUUGCGGCGCGCCCACCCUGCCUCGGGGGCCACCUGGAAUGUCCAGGUGGUUCGGGGAAAAAUGAGCUCGCAGUGCCUGUGGCACGCGUGCCGCGCGCUUUCGGCUGGCCUCCUUUUGAUGCUUCUGGGUGCAGCUAUGGCAGUUAUAGGUUACUACGCAGAUACAUUGUCAGUUGCAGAGGAGGUGCGUGGCAACUCCACAAUAUCGGUCAAAGAUGAAGCGCGUGGCUUUCAUCUCAACAACCUGUCCUAUGCUGGCCCCAUUGUGAUGGGCUUUGGAGGUUUCAUCGUGGUAGCAGCAUGCGUGAUGACUUUCGAAGCUCGUGACAGCGCAGCAAAGGUGACGCCAGCGAGACCGCAAUCGCUACCCCGUCCGCUGCCCCGACGAGGUCCAUGUGCGGCGCCCGCCCGGCUCGACCAGCUUGGAGUAUAUCGGCUGCCGCACGUUUUACCACUACCGCAUGCACUACCGCUCGCCCCGACACAUCGGAUAAGACCACCACACACAUGUCUCAGAAUUGGGGCAGAGAAAGCAAAGGACCGUGCGCGGUUCGGCUCCGCUCCGGACUUACGGAGCGGUAGCGCGCGCGCUCCGUUGCCUAUCUCUGCGCUUCGCCGUCCACUCCGCCGCUACGCCCUCUCCGUAGACGAGCCGCCCCAUUCCGCAGUCAGUGCAAGUGCAGCAGAGUCAGAGUGUGGAUCCCAGUCAUCCCUGGCUUUGGAUCUGCACGCGAGUGGCGCUUGCGCAGGCGUGACUCUUCGAGUGCGCGACAACACGCGACGCCGGCCACUAGCGCGACAACAGAGGCUUGUUGAGGAUGUAAUGCAUCCAACAGGUGAAAGUAUCUGCAAUGUAAAUAAUAUGGAAGAAUCAACGCCAAGAAACAACGAAGAAGAACCAAGCAAAGAAACUGUUGAAACGGCUCAUUUGACUGUGGAGCAGGAAGCGCGUGCGCGAAGUGCUCCUCCAACCACGGUCUGCUCAAUCCCCACGUCCCCACAACUUGUGAUAUCACCCCCCCACUCACCUUCUAGGUUACAAAUGACUAGCAUACAAAUCGAGCCAUCGGAAAACGACAUCGUCGUUGGGCCUGCUCCGCCAGACGAAUGAAUAAAGUCUGUCUCAAAACACUGAGACUAAAAAUAUUGAUGUUUGGAGAACCCUUUGUAAACAAUUUACAAAUUUACAGUUCUACUUUAUAAAUUGUAUUUGUGCAUAUUUUAUAACGAAUUCGUAUUGUUUAUUGUUACUAAAAUUGCUAUCGUUUACUAUAAAUAUAGGUAUUCGUGAGACAUUGGUGUGUUUAUAGAAUCAUAUUAGUUAAAAGUCUUUAUAUAUGUUUAUAUUACGAGGUUCGUCCGGGUUCGAACAUUUUUUCUAACUCUGCGGUUCAGGAUAGGUAGGUGUAUGAUGUUUAAAAAACUCUUCAUAAUUACUUAAGUAACAUUUUUCUCUAAAAACUUUACAACCCCUUAAAGAAUAAAGACUGAUAAAAGCGAAUUUUGUAUAAAGAUUUAAACCACAUAUUUCUACGAUAAAAUUAAAAAAUCAAUAAAGACUAUAACAACUACUUAUGGAAUGUGAAUUAGAUGUAGAUACUUUCGUUAUAACGAUAAAUUAAUGAUGUAAGAAUACGCAGUCAUUCAUUAAACACCGUUAUGUUUACUAAACGUCUAUAUGUAGAUCUAUGUUAUAAUGAUCUAUAUCGUACCUUGUCCAUUAAAAUUUAAUCAUUAUAUUAUGUAUAAUUGAUUUAAAGAACCUAGAAUGUAUUAUUCUAUAGGUAGGUACAUUCUAAAUAAUCAGAUUCGUAACAAGAUAACAAAACUAAGGGGAUUGUUAUAUAACAACCAGAUUAGGUACAUACUUAAGGAAUAUUAAUUAUUGCAUCACUGUUUUUUAGUAUGUACCUUGUAAAUUUUGCAUAGAUAUGUAUAAUAAGUAAUUCUAAUUACAGAAUACAAUAUGGACUACAAAAUAUUUAUAGGUAUGUAUGUACCUACUUGUAUAAUGCAUAACUUGAGCAUUCCGUGGAGUCCAUAACUCAAAGCUGAAGAGGCAAAUAAAAUUAUAACACCUAAGUUACUUUCUAAUUUAAAUAUGUACAU